AUGCCUCUCAACACCAGAUACCCUUCCAAGCUCCGUGUCGUCAUCAUAGGUGCCGGAAUCGCUGGCCUUUCUGCCGCUGCGUUCCUCCGAAAAUGCCCCCAGUACGACAUCACUGUCCACGAACGUCGGGGCAAAGACUUCAAAGAAUCCUCUGCUGCCCUUGGUGUUGGUAUAAAUGGAAUCUCCAUACUGAAGCAGCUGGGCAUUAAAAGGAACGAGAUCCGUGCCAUUAUGGGUGCAGGAUACCGAACAUACAACACCCAGGAAGAGGAAAUGAGCAAGAGCCAGUUGGGCCGUGGACCGGACGAGGACGGCACCUUAUGGUUCGUGUUUCGACAGGACCUGAAAGAUGUCUUGCUACAGAGAGUGACGAGCGAAGUUGGAGAGGGCAAUCCGAUUAAAGUGCUGUAUGGCAGUUGCAUUGUGGGCGUCGACCCGGAGACUGGGGUGGUAGAAUUUGAGGACGGAACUUCUAUUAUCGCAGAUCUGAUUAUCGGAACCUUCGUGGCCAUAAUUGCCAGUGGCGAUGCUGGCAACCGCUAUGUGGUGAUGUACCCCUGCCGUGGCCGUGGACAGAUGAACAUCGCCUGUGCAGUCCCGGACUCAAGUCUCCAGAGACCAUCUCAGUUAGAUCGUACUCCGCGAGUUGAUCUCUUCCAGGUUCGCGAUCAGGAGCCUCUACCCACGUACGUUAGGGGCCGGACCGUGCUGAUCGGCGAUGCGACCCAUACGAUGGUUCCGUACCAAGGACAGGGCGCUAACCAGGCUCUCGAGGACAGUGAGGGUAUCAACGCACUCUUUGGUGAUGUCUACGACCGUGAUAAUAUCCCAAGUCUCCAACGGGUCUGGGAUAGCGUUCGUCGGCCACGGGCAUCAGACAUUCAAAGGGGCUCUCGCACUUCGCAGGGAAAGAUCUCGACAAAGGAGGAAAGUCAAGCGAUUCUAUCUGUGAAACCCGAGUAUCAUGAGUUGUUGGGGGUGGAUCGAAGAUUACCCUAG